CUAGCCACAAAGUUAGUGGACCUCGUAGAUUGGCGCCGCUAAAGGGGCAUUUGGACCCUUCGCCUAUUGCCAACUCCAACCAGAUGCGGCAACGACAAACGACAUCCACGCACCGCGCAACGCGUAGUCGAUGGGGAACUCUGCCCGCGGGAAUCUGACUAUGUGGAUUUCCUGAUAUGACGACACCCAUAUCACACGCUUUCCUACCGCGAUGGACGAUCUCUCUGGCCUCGACUGGUCUUCGACCAGCUCCGGCAAAGACACCAAGCCUUCUCCCGCUCUCGUGAACCCCGCGAGCUCAGCCUCUUUCUACCCGAGCCUACGACCGAACCCGUCUCCUCAGCUCUCCGGCCGGUCGACGCCGCUCUCGGCCCGAGCCUCCAGCCCUGCUGCCCCGAAACCCAAUUCUGGUAAACUGGCCGCGGAUAGCUUUAGUGGUCUCGUGAGCUUCGGUGGCGCCAAGAGCAACGCGAAUCUCAGCCUUCGUGAGCGGCAGGAGCAGCUGGAAACACAGAAGCGCCAGAAGGAAGAGCAGGAGAGGCGGAAGUUGCAGGCGCAAUAUGGGGGUGGGCAGUUUUGGGACAACAUUGGUCAGGGUUCUACGCCCGUGUCCAGAACCAUCUCCCCAGCUGGUGUCAGCGGAUCGGGAUCUCAGGCCGGGCAGAAGCAAGAUGAUGACGACCUUUUCGCCGCGUUCAACAGAGACACCAAGGUCGACAAUGCUAGUCACUUUCCUCCCCCUGCGCAACACCAUUCGAACGCACCCCAACUCGACCUAACCAGCUCGAGUGCGUGGGGUAAACCCGCAGCUCCGAAAGGGAGCGGUUUCGGCGAUGACGAUGACCCAUUCGGCUUGAGCCAGAUGAGGUCUCGGCCGCAGCGGCAGCCUACGCUCGAUGCAGAUCAGGACGAUGAUUUGCUAGGAGAUCUUGGCAAACCAGUCGAGGAGGUCCGGCGGAAGCAGCAAGCUUCUCAGCCAACCUCUCAGCCCAAACCGCAACCCGGCAGGCCCAUCGAAAGUUCUGACUCUGACUCCGAGCCGGAAAUCCCCUCGAUAGGAGAUAGCUCGGACCCGUUUGACAAAGCGGUCGCCGAAUUGGUCGACAUGGGAUUUACAGCUGAGAACGCAAGGCGGGGUCUGACAGAAAGCGGCGUGGGCCUAAACAUCCAAGCCGCAGUUGGCUGGCUGCUAGAUGAUGCACACAGGCAAGCUCGGGAUGGUCAGGGUCCGAGGGAAGCUCCCAGAGAACGGGGAAGGAGAGACGAUAGCCGCCCCGGAAAUAGCGCCAGUCCCGCGUGGAUGAGAGGCGACCAGGCUGAAGGCAUUCCUUCUCGAAGAGAUAGCCAGUCGCCCGCGUCCGGAGAUGACUUCUCAAAAAGAGCCGCGGCGGUGGGCUCUAGCCUGUUUAAAACUGCCAAUUCUCUCUGGAAGAGCGGACAAAAACAAGUCCAGAAAGCGGUUGCCGACUUCCAGCAAGAGAGCGGUGAUUCCAACCAGCCGAAAUGGAUGCGGUCCGCCCAGGUGGACAGAGGGCACUCGGGAACACAUGGCUCUCGGUCGACUACUGAUGAGGCUUUGAUGCUCGAGUCCGGCAUGCGGCCCGAGCGACAAUCGUCUAGAUCGGCGCAAAGCCAGCAUCACAAUUCCCGAGAUCGCUCUCCGGUCUUGCCCACCCGACCCUCUGCUAGCUCCUCGGGUGUGCCCAGAUGGCAACAGGCAGCACAGCCAGGGUCACAGGAUUCUCGAGGCCGCUUGAGCAAGCAGUCCAUCGAAGAGCAGAGCGCGCAAGCGUACAUCAGCCCAGCACGAAGGAAAAAGGUUACACCUCAACCCGAGCCGCAGCGUGAGCGUGAAGCCAACCUUCUAUUUGACCAGCCUACUCUUCCACAGUCCUCACAGUCUAGGCCUCCCCUUCCCGCUCAGCGCUCGGCUUCCUCUUCGGUUCCCUCCGUUAGGCAGCCGACGCCUUCCUCCUCAGCAUCCAUCACACCUCGUCCACCUCCGCCCUCUCGUAAGAUCCCCAUGGUUGCUCAGAAAAUCUUGGAAGCCUCUACGCGGAACCGUCUUGAAGGGACGGCGCACUUUAGGCGCGGAGAUUACGACGCCGCACACACGAGCUACACGAAUUCACUAGCCGGCAUACCACAGUCACACCCCAUCUGCAUUGUCCUUCUUACCAACCGUGCCCUCACGGCUCUGAAGACCGGUAGUCCUAAGCAAGCAGUCAGCGACGCGGAUGCCGCGAUCGGCAUCAUAGGGCCCUCUCACGGCGAAGGCGAGAAGGUGGCGCUACCCGGUGGCGAAUCGCGGGAGAUGAAGGAUCUCUACGGCAAAGCGCUCAGCCGCAAGGCCGAAGCGCUCGAGCAGAUGGAGAAGUGGGCAGAGGCCGGAAACGUCUGGCAGCAGUGCGUAGAGGCAAGUGUCGGCGGCGCUAACGCCAUCGCCGGACGGCAACGCUGCCAGAAGGCGCUCGCACCCAAACCUAAGCCCAACCCGAGGCCAGUCCAAGCAGCCAAACCCCGGCCGAAGGCAUCGCCUACGUCGAUACAUAACGCUCAGCAGGGUUCCGAGGCCGUGCAACGCCUGCGGGAGGCCAACAAGGCAGCCGAGGCAGCCGACGACGAGAAAUUCGCCCUCGGCGAGAAGAUCGACGCGAGAAUUGCCGCGUGGAGGGACGGCAAGAGGGAAAACCUACGCGCGCUGUUGGGCAGCCUCGACCAGGUGCUCUGGGAGGGUAGCGGGUGGAAGAAGAUCGGCCUACACGAGCUGGUGGUCGCGAACAAGGUCAAAAUACACUACAUGAAAGCGAUUGCUAAGUGUCAUCCCGACAAGCUGCCGCAAGAUGCCAGCACGGAGGUGAGGCUCAUUGCCGGGACAGUGUUCGCGACGCUCAACGAGAGUUGGGACAAGUUCAAAGCUGAGAACGGGUUGUAGGGGGGGGGGAGGGAGGGGUGGGUGGGUGGAUGCCGGCCGGUUUCUGCCCAACUUGCCAACCCGAGAAAGCGAGAAGACGAGGG